CCACUUCUCUGUAUACCGACCAAUACCGACCGCCUCUUAACCUUUCUUUUCGGAGAUCUCUGAUUCUCUUUUAUUCUCUUUGGAGCAUUUGGAGUGACUGAGUGCGACUGAAGGUCUUUCUAGUUUCUCGGGCAUUACCGGGCGAGUUUGGAGGAACAAGAUAAGUAUAGUUACAUAAGUAUGUAUCUAUUCACAAUCGGCCUGCUAGUCGUAGUCUACUAUGGCGUCUACCUCAUUUUUUCCUUCUUCUUGGACUGCGAUAUACUUCUCGCUUUUAAGGAGAAAUUUGGCAAACCAGUAUCUUCGUUGAAAGGCAAGACAGUAUGGAUAACAGGCGCAUCCUCUGGUAUCGGAGAACAUUUGGCUUAUGUGCUGGCUAAAGCGGGUUGCAAAUUAAUCCUGUCCGCCCGAAGAGUUGCCGAAUUAGAACGAGUGAAAAAGAGAUGCUUGAAAGAGAACGAACAUUUAACCGAUGAUGAUGUGGAAGCCUAUCCUAUUGACAUGUUUGAUUUUGACUCCCAUCAGAAAGCAUUCCAGCACGUCAUCAAUAAAUUCGGCAAGUUGGACAUACUCGUGAACAAUGCUGGCCGCAGUCAAAGAGCAAAAUGGGAGAACAUCGAGCUAGCGGUCGAUAAAGAAAUGUUCGAUCUGAAUGUAUUCUCCGUCAUUUCCUUGAGUAGAUUAGCGAUUAAACACUUUGUACAACUAGGUGGAGGUCAAAUCGUCAAUACCUCGAGUCUCGCGGGAAUUUUACCGGUACCGAUGUCAGCGACCUAUUGCGGCACUAAACAUGCCUUACACGGCUAUUUUAGACCAUUGUUCAUGGAACAUCCUGAUGAACAUGUCAGUGUUACAAUGGUUUGCCCGGGUCCGGUACAGACAGAGUUCCUAGCUCAGAGUUUCACGGAGAAAUCUGGCGAGAAAUAUGGCGUGACAACAGAUGUAUCUAAAACCAAGGUCAGCGCAGAACGUUGCUCUAUUUUAAUGGGCGUUGCGAUCGCGAAUAAACUGGACGAAGUGUGGAUUGCCACGGGAACCCCGUUACGAAUUGCAUACCUCACUUAUUGCUUCCCAAUUUUCACGAGAUGGUUGAUAAAGAAUUUAGGUUUAAAAUACCUGAUGAAAUUACGAGAUGCUAACGCUUCCAAGAAGAAUUAAUCCCGUUAUCAUCACUACAUAAUGAUAAUAAAUCUAUUUUGCAUCAUGUGUUUUACCAAAGUGUUCCUCACAUAUGAAGCAAUAUGAAAAAACUUUUAUACAAAUGUAUUUCAGACAUAAUAAAAAGAACAAAUAUAAAAAGAUUAA